AUGAGAGAAGCUCUGUGUUCUUUCCGACUCACCUGCAAACCCAUAUACGAUUAUACCCUGCCUCAAUUCUACCAUGCAUAUCUUGAGACUGCUAAGACAGAGCUUUCCCUAGCCUCUAUUCAGAGGCUAGAUGCGUUAUCGCAGAAUUUGCGACUAUGUCCACAUGUCCACUCAUUAGAUAUCAGCGGCAUGGAUGAUGAUAUCUUAGGAUCAGAACUCAAGUGGGAACGGCACGCCUCUGGACUUAUUGUUAUCCCACAGGAAUCUAUUCAACAGUGGCAGAAUACCCUACUGCGCCUGGUGAAUUGUCAGUCCUUUCGCCUGUACAAGCAUUUCACGCUAAAUCGUCCCAGCCCACCCAAUAUUUUGACCCCCAGUGAUACAAUUACAAUACUUCUCAGCAUCGUCGCUACAAUAAAGCGUCCACUACGAGGCUUUAGUAUCCUGUUCAACCCGCAAAAUUGCGGUGGAAGGAACCUGAACGGCAUGUCCCGCGUUGACAAAGGCCUCUUCCGAGAGCCGAAGUUCAGGCACACAAUGGACACAGAAGACACGGUUGACUUCGUGACACAGCUUAUACAACAUACGAUGCGCCUGCAACGACUGAGGAUCGAUGCUGAUUAUGGCGACCACUUGACAACUCUUAUGUCUCGCUUGUACCCCGCCCAACCCACCCUUAGGUUACGUGAACUGACUUUAGAAACCGCUCACGUAGGCUCGAGCCACGCCUUGAACGUGUUCUUGGCCUCUUUCAAACAGAAUUUGACCAAUGUAUCGUUCGCUGCUAUCCAGCUCGACUCAGGGGAGUGGGCGUCUGUUCUACGCACCCUUUCUAAAAAAUUUCCGUCGCUGACUGAAGAUUCCACAUAUGUGCUCGUUCGGGGGCAAAUUUUUUCGUACACUGACAGAAAGCUUCGGCAAGGACAGAGGACCCUGGCGGUUGCCUACUCCGGUCGUAGCGUGGACCAUUGCAAAAAAUUGGCUGACUUUGUAACGUCUUACAAAGCUACAGACUAG